AUGAGUGCAUCUGAGGGAGCAGUGCAUGUUAUUCAUUUUACUGAUAGGCCUUUGGAAGAACUAAACAAGGUUGAUUAUGCAGUAGAAAGAAAGAAAUCACUUCGUGCUCGUUAUUAUUUUGGCAUUGUGUUCUUCAUAAUGAAUCUUGUUGCAUGGUUUUUCCGCGAUUAUGGGCAAAAUGUUCUUCAUUGGAUUCAUUAUAUUAAAGCUUGUGGAAAUGAAGGAGAUGAUUGUUUUCAUUCAUUGGGAGUUCUUCGAGUGAGUUUAGGAUGCUUUAUAUUUUUCUUAGUGAUGUUUGUGACCACAGUAAAAACAAAGAAAUUAUGUGAAGGUAGAAACUCAUGGCAUUCUAGAUGGUGGGAAUUGAAGGCUGUUUUAUUGCUUCUAUCAAUUGCAUUACCAUUCUUCAUCCCUUCACAAUUUGUUCAAGUAUAUGGCGAAAUAGCUCGUAUUGGCGCUGGGAUUUUUCUUCUAUUACAACUUGUGAGUGUGAUCCAUUUUAUCAUGUGGUGGAAUAACUAUUGGACCGCAGACGACGAAACCAAAGAGAGGUGCUCCCUUGGACUUGUUAUGUCAACACUGUUUUAUGUUUGUGCUAUAUGUGGAAUUGUGUAUAUGUAUGCAUCAUAUGCCUCAAAAUCUUCAUGUUCUCUCAACAUAUUUUUCAUCACAUGGACAUCAAUUCUUCUUGCUGUAAUGAUGGUUAUAUCAUUAAAUUCAAAGGUUAAUAGAGGUCUUUUAUCCUCAGGAAUUAUGGCUUCUUAUAUUGUUUUCCUAUGUUGGUGUGCAAUCAGAAGUGAACCUGCCACCAUAAGAUGUGACACAAAGAACCAUGAAAAUGGAAAUGGUAGCUGGAUUACUAUCCUUGGCUUCCUUAUUGCUAUAUUUGCCAUUGUUUUGGCUGCCUUUUCAACCGGCAUUGAUUCAAAAUGCUUUCAGUUUUCCAAAAACAAAGUUGAAAAUGAAGAUGACAUUCCUUACAAUUAUGGAUUUUUUCACAUGGUGUUCUCCUUGGGAGCAAUGUACUUCGCAAUGUUGUUCAUAAGUUGGGAUCUGAAUAACUCAGCCAGGAAGUGGAGCAUUGAUGUUGGUUGGAUAAGUACAUGGGUGAAGGUUCUCAAUGAGUGGUUUGCAGCAACUAUUUAUAUAUGGAUGUUGAUUUCACCAGUUGUGAGACAAAACAAAGUUAUGGAUAGUGAUACAACUGCUUCAAUUGAUGCAUGA